GAAGGUCUCGAAGGGAUUCUGACUGCCUUGGGCUGGUCUUUCCUUUCCUGGACCUAACGCAGCCCCUUCCCUCUGGCCCUAGAGACCCUCCUCACUGUCCGUUGAAACGAACCCAAGUCUACGGUUUGGGCGCCCGUGGGCCUUUCCUCUUCCAGGCCUAAGUCUGCGGGCAGAAGCCUCUGUUAGGCGUGCAUUUCCGAUUUUCUUGCGGUGCGUGAAAGAACGAAGGGGGAGCUUCUUAAGAACAGAAUAAAGCAUUUUGAAGUUUGAAUGUGCUGAGGAAGAAAAGCUUUCAAUCCUGUGCUACAUUUUUAAUCAAACACGUUAUGGAGGAUAGUGAAGGAAAUCCAAAAAAGCAACUGAUUUCCGAGCUUCACCAUUUUGCUGCAGAUGGAAACAAAGCCAGGCUUACAGCACUGCUAGAUCAUUCUCCAUCCCUUAUCAAUGAAGCUGCUAUGAACGGUUGGACAGCCCUCAUGUAUGCAACUAGAAAUGGUCACUUUGAAAUUGUGCAGGUUCUUCUUGAAAAGGGGUGUGACAGGUCCAGAACCAAUACUUCAAACCAGACUGCAUUGGAUAUUGCUAGAUUUUGGGGCUAUAAAAACAUAGCUAAUUUAUUAGCUAAUGUGGAAGAUGGAUUGGAGCCAUUUUUCUUGACUUGUCAAGUCAAAGAACAUGAACAUUACUUUUGCAGGACAUUUUUGGAUAGAAAGAGUGAGAAGAGAGUAGAUUCAAAGUGGCUGAGCAUGAAACAGAAGGAACCAACCACCAUAUAUAUAAUUUUUUCAAAUUUAAAUCCAUUAGUUACAUCAGAUGAUGGUGAACAUAGUUUCCAGUAUCCAAAGGUUAAGCUUUGUAAAUUUCGCUAUAAGGAUAUAAAGAGAUAUCUGGAGCAGACUGAAACUAUCACUACAAUUUUUCUGGGAGUAGAAUUUCAUGGUCUAAGUGUGAAAGAUUCAAAUGUAGGCAAAGAAGAUGAGGAUGGCCUAGUUACCUGGUUUGCUCUUAGUAUAGAUUCUACAGCUGCUGAUAGAUUUCUACAAGAGCAUCAAGGUUGCUAUUUCCUUCAUCCACCAAUGCCUGCAAUGCUGCAGUUAUCUGAAAAUGAAGCUGGAGUCAUUGCCCAAGCUAGACCUGUUCUAGCAUGGGAUAAUCGGUAUCAAUUUUGCCCAACAUGUGGCAGUGCAACUAAAUUAGAAGACGGAGGCUACAGGAAAUCAUGCUUAAAAAAAGACUGUCCCAGCCAUAAGGGAAUUCAUAAUACAUGCUUCCCAAGAGUUGAUCCUGUAGUGAUAAUGCAAGUCAUUCAUCCAGAAGGUAGCCAUUGCCUUUUGGGAAGAAAAAAAACAUUUCCCCCAGGCAUGUUUACUUGCCUUGCUGGAUUUGUAGAGCCUGGUGAGACAAUUGAAAAUGCUGUUCGAAGGGAAGUAGAAGAGGAAAGCGGAGUUAAAGUGGGCCAAGUUCGGUAUGUCUCUUGUCAACCAUGGCCAAUGCCCUCCUCCCUAAUGAUUGGAUGCAUAGCAGCUGCAGUGUCUACAGAAAUUAAGGUUGACAACAUUGAAAUAGAAGAUGCCCGCUGGUUCAGUAGAGAACAGGUAAUAGAGAUCCUCAACAAAAAGAACCAGAAUAUUUUUGUGCCACCACAUCAAGCCAUUGCCCAUCAGUUGAUAAAGCACUGGGUUGGAAUGAAUGCUAAUCUUUAAAUUCAGCAAACUAUAUAUUUACCUUGCAUCAUAGCUGCAUCUUUUAAGAUAAAAUUAAACUUAAUGAAAUUAUUAUCAUAAUUUUAGAAUUCUAAUUCUUUUAGCCCCACUCCUCUGUAUAAUAUUUAUACUUAGUUCUUUUAACAAAUUUUGCAUUGUGAAAUAUUGCCUAGUUUCUUGAUAAAUAAGCUUCUGAUAAAAGCUUAUUUUAUUAGGAAAUAACUUAGGUGUUUUGCCAGCAAGCACUGUAUAUAUUAUGGGAAUCAGUACCUAUGACAGGCCUUGAUUACAUCCACUAACCUUCAAACAUUUUUUUAUGUAAUUAAUAUUUUAAGUGAAAAAUGCCAAAAAUUUCAUAAGAGAAGCCAAAUCUUACAAAAUCUCUAUAUUAUUACCCAAGCUCAUAUGAAAUUUUGGUAAUUUUUUUAGUGCUCACAAAUCACACAAGGGUAACACACUUAAAAUUUCUGAUGCCUGAUAUAGAAUGUUAAGUAAUAUCUUACCCACUAGUUCAUUACAUGUAACAGAAUUGUCAGUAUAAUACAGGAUAAUAUUCUCACCAAUUUAUUAUGCAAUUCUUAAAAUGAAAUUGUGGUAAAAAUCCUAAUAAAAUGAAUAGAAUUUACAUUA